CCUCAACUCACCCUAGGAAACUUCUCCUACAGGAGCUCAACCCCGGCAGCUGAAAGCACAGCUACCCACGGAGCUACGCUGUUUUGUGGGCAGGGGGUCGACUCGACCCGCUGGCGGUCAUUCAUCCCAUGUAAACACCACACGGACCAUCUAUGUGGAUGACUUGUAUUUCUACAAGCGGAUGGUUAACAAAGAGAAGUGUCAGUCUAUGAGAGCAGGUAAUUGGUGCCAUGCCAGCUGCUUCUCCCCCUCUGCUCCCCCUUGCCACCUGGUGGUGGUGUCUGGUACUGUUGCUGCCCCCACAGCCCCAGGCCCUGACCCAGCUCCAGCCGGACCCUAACCCAGAGAAGGCCUCUCACGCUGGGCAGGCCUUCCCUCACCUCUCCCUUGAUGGAUCUCCCCUCAGCCACCUCCUCCUGGACUCCAGGUCUGGUCAUCUGUACGUGGGGGCGGUCAACCAUCUCUACCACCUGUCCCCUGACCUCCAGGUGCUCUCCUCCAGUCAGACUGGCCCCAAACUGGACAGUGCCGAGUGCUUGCCUCCCAUCGUCCCCAAGGACUGCAGUACCGCACACCUGACCCCCAACGCUAAUAAGAUCCUUCUGCUAGAGGAGGGUCUGGCCUCAGCAGGGUCAGAGGUUGGGGCGACGAGCCUGAUCGUGUGUGGAACCCUGUUCCAGGGUAUCUGUGAGAAGAGGAGUCUGGAUAAUGUGUCCGAGGUACUGUACCAAUCCUCCAACCCGGUGGACACGCAGUACGUCGCCGCCAACGACCCCCGCGUCUCCACCGUGGGUGUGGUCUUGAACCAAAAGGGUGUGGGGCUUAUGCUGGUGGGGCGUGGCUACACCAGUAAAGGCCCCAGCGACAUCCCACCAAUCACAACUCGCCGUUUGGCCCCCAGCUCCUCCCCCGCCCGCCAGGCCUUCUCUCAAGACGAGGAACUAGGGAAGCUGGUUGUCGGGAGCUACUCUGAGUACAACAACUACUUCAUCUCCGCGCAUCAUCAUGGCGACCAUGUUUACUUCCUGUUCUCGCGGAGGGAUAUGUGGAACCGGAAGGAGUACCGGACCUACGUUUCUCGUCUCUGCGCCGGGGACCGGAGCUUCUACUCCUACGUGGAGGUUCUGUUGGAAUGUUCCGGGGGUUAUAACCUUGCCCAGGGGGCUGCCCUCGCCAAACACCAGGGGCGACCGGCGCUGUUCGUUGCCAUGGCGGCGGGGCAGGCUUCGACGCCCACGGCGACGGGUCGCUCGGCGCUGUGCGUUUAUGGGAUGUCAGAGCUGGAUGCGUCGCUUCAGAGGGCCCAGGAGCUGUGUUAUACAGAGGGAGGAAGAGGAAGGACGGGACAGGAGGAGGCAUACAUAGAGUAUGAGGUGUCGUCCAAGUGUCUACGCCUGCCCAAGGAUUCGUUAAAGAAGUACCCGUGUGGAGGAGAACACACCCCCAGCCCCAUCGCCUCUGCGGUUCCCCUGUCAGCCACCCCCUCUCUGACCAGGGACACUCUACUCACCGCGGUCACCACCACUACCGAGGUCGGCCACACCAUCGCUCUGCUCGGGGACAAGAACGGAUGGCUGCACAAGGUAUUUCUCCAGCCUGACACAACGGGGACGUUGUAUCAGAGUGUAUUGGUGGACCAGGACAGUCCAGUCAACGCUGACCUACUACUGGACCAGUCUGGACAGAAUGUCUACGUCCUCACUGACGGCAAGGUGUCCAAGGUGUCUGUAUCUCAGUGUGAACAACAGCCUGACUGCCAGUCCUGUCUGUCUGUCAGAGACCCUCACUGUGGCUGGUGUGUCCUGGAGGGAAGAUGUAGUCGUCGAAUGGAGUGUAGUCGUGAGGGCCAAGCCAACCACUGGCUGUGGAGCUACCAGCCUGCCAACCAGCCUGCCAACCAGCCUGCCAACCAGCCUGCCAACCAGCCUGCCAACCAGCCUGCCAACCAGCCUGCCAACCAGUGUGUGACUGUCCAGAGCUUGGAGCCUGCCAUCCAAAGCAGAGAGGAGGAGACUCAGGUUUCUCUUGUUGUGGCCCUGCUGCCCACCCUGUCAGAGGAGGAGGAGUCUCUGUCCUGCUCCUUUGGAACCCUCGCCCCUCAACCAGCUGUCGUUACGGGAACCACCAUAACCUGUCAAUCACCCCUGCCUGAGCUCCUCCCACCCAGCCCACCAGGAAGUGACCACGUGUCCCUGCGUGUGUCUGUGAUGUUCAGAGACGUGACCAUCUGUAGCAGUGACAUCAUCUUCUACGACUGUCGAGCUGUGGGGCGACUCAACAUCACCUCCCCGUGUAUGGCUUGUGUGGGCAGUGUGUGGCCAUGCAUCUGGUGUGUCCUGGGUGGGCUGUGUACCCACAACAACAGCAGCUGUCCCAGGCAGCACACCAUACACAACUCACUGGAGCAGCAGUUGGAGCCGCGGGGUGCAGACUCGUGUCCCUUUGUGUGGGCUCUACAGAGUUCUCCUCUGGUCCCCAUGGGCUUCCUGUCCCCUCUGACCCUACUGGGCAGGAACCUGGAUGGGUUUCAGGUUGAGGAACAGUAUACCUGUGUGGUGGUCGUUGUGGGGGAGGAGCUUAAACUGAACGCCAUUCUGAAGAAAGACCCAGAAACCAAGGUCACCACCUUUACAUGCUCUGUCCACCAGUUCCAGUUCACUUUAAAACAUUUGGAGUACUCUGCUCCCAUCUAUCUGCGAAGAGGUUUCCAUCGCAUCGACUCUGCUCCCGACCUCAGACUGCAGCUAUAUGACUGUUCAGUGGGCCAGUCUGACUGUAGUCAGUGCAGAGCGGUGUCUUCAGGGUACGGCUGUGUCUGGUGUGGUGGAGAGACACCAGGCUGUGUCUACAAUCUCUCCUGUACCAGCUCACCUGGGCCCGCUGACACCUGUCCCUCGCCUCAGAUCACACAGAUCCAGCCAGUGAGUGGUCCGGUGGAGGGUGGUGUUCUGAUCACCAUCCGUGGGUCCAACCUGGGGAUGCAGUACCAGGACAUCCAGGGAGGAGUGACUGUAGCUGGGGUCAACUGUCUGCCUCAGUCCCAUGGAUACCUCAUCUCUACCAGGAUAGUGUGUGAGCUCCAGCCCAGUAAACAGGAGACAGAGGGACCAGUCAUUGUUUCCGUUAGAGACUCAGAACCAGGACAGUCUCUGCAGAUAUUCACCUACCAGGACCCCCAGUUGACUGCUAUAGUCCCUGAUAAGGGCCCUGUAUCAGGAGGGACCAGCCUGACAGUCCAGGGGACUCGGCUACUAACGGGACAGAGGAAGGACCUGACAGCAUACGUAGGACAACAACCCUGCUACAUUGUUGAGGAGGUGAAUGGGACUCACCUGGUAUGCAGGACCAGCCCCAGUAACCAGACAGCAGAGCUGACAGUGAGGGUGUUGUUUGGGAAGGCAGAGAGGAGCGUACCUGGGCAUGUGUUUCACUACAUGGAGGACCCUGUCAUCACCGCAGCAUCGCCUGCUGAGAGCUUCUACGAGGGUGGGCGUAGUAUAAAGGUGAGUGGGCGUAGCCUGUACGUGGUCCAGCAGCCAAUGCUAACUGUGUGGGUGGAGCCUAAAGAGAACACGCUGGUGAGGAGGAGGAGGAACAACCAACUGGUCUUCAACAGCAUCGUUUCAAAGCAGGAGCGUUGUACGGUGGUCUCUUCCUCUGAGAUGAACUGUUUGACCCCGCGUGUGACCCCUGACACUAAGGUCAUGGGGGUGUGGUUUGAGCUGGACAACGUUAAGGUGUCGUUUGAGAGAGUCGCGGGGAAGACGUUCUCUUACUACCCCAACCCCGAGCUGUUGGCUCUGAACAGAGAUGACCCGGACACACCCUACCGCUUCAAACCUGGAGGGGUCAUCGCUGUAGAGGGUAAGGACCUGACGCGUGCGAUGACCCGAGGGGAGGUGAUAGCCAGGCUGGGGGACCAGGAGUGUGAGGUCAAGACUCUGGACAGUACUCACCUGUACUGUGAACCUCCUGAGAAACAGCCAGCCAGUCUGGGGAGCAACCAACUGCCCAGCCUGAGGGUGGUAAUGGGGAAUCUGAACGUAGACCUGGGUACAGUGCAGUAUGAUACAGAAGGCCUCUCACCUGUCCCUCUGGCUGCCCAGGUGGGUCUGGCUGCAGGGGCUGCUGUGGUGGUCCUAGUGGUGCUGGUCAUCAUCCUCAUGUACAGAAGGAGGAGCAAACAGGCUCUGAGAGACUACAAGAAGGUUCUGGUUCAGCUGGAGACGCUGGAGAUCAAUGUGGGAGACCAGUGCAGGAAGGAGUUCACAGAUCUGAUGACAGAGAUGAUGGAUCUGAGUAGUGAUGUGGGUGGACCAGGUAUUCCUCUCCUGGACUAUAAGACGUAUGCAGAGCGCGUGUUCUUCCCCGGCCAGAGGGGGGCUCCACUGAGUCAGGACCUGGACCUGCCAGAGUCCCGCAGGCAGACAGUAGAACAAGGGCUGGGACAACUCAACAGCCUCCUCAACAACAAACUGUUCCUUAUCAGGUUCAUCCACACCCUCGAGGCCCAGCAGAACUUCUCCCAGCGUGACCGUGGCUACGUGGCGUCUCUCCUGACCAUGGCCCUGCACGACCAGCUGGAGUACUUCACUGAUGUCAUGAAGACCUUACUGGGAGACCUGGUGCAGCAGUACGUCACCAAGAACCCCAAACUCAUGCUGCGCAGGACGGAGACGGUGGUGGAGAAGAUGCUCACCAACUGGAUGUCCAUCUGUCUCUACUCCUUCCUCAAGGAGGUGGCUGGGGAGCCCCUGUAUAUGCUGUACAGAGCCAUCAAGUACCAGGUGGAUAAGGGACCAGUAGACGCUGUGACGGGGAAGGCCAAGCGUACCCUGAACGACAGCCAUCUACUGAGAGAGGACAUCGACUACUCCUCGAUCACUCUGACGGUGAAGAGUGGUGUGGAGGUGCAGCCGUGUCCCGUCAAGGUGUUGGACACCGACACCAUCACACAGGUCAAAGACAAGAUCCUAGACCAGAUCUAUAAAGGAGCUCCCUUCUCACAGAGACCUGCUGCAGACUCACUAGACCUGGAAUGGAGAUCGGGGCAGGCGGGUCACCUGACUCUGUCAGACGAUGACGUCACAGCAGUCGUCCAGGGACGCUGGAAGAAACUCAACACUCUGCAGCACUACAAGGUGCCAGACGGAGCGACCGUGGCUCUGAUCCCCAGAUCAGCUGUCGCCAUGGGGAUACCCCAGGUCUACCAGACUGGAGAGAAGAUGCCCAUGUUGGAGGGGGAGGAGGGGCUGAGGCUGUGGCACCUGGUGAAGUCCAACGAGGAACCAGAGAUCCCCAAACACAGCAGCAUGAGAGAGAGGGAGAGGGCCAAGGCCAUACCAGAGAUAUACCUGACACGACUACUAUCUAUGAAGGGGACGCUGCAGAAGUUUGUAGACGAUGUGUUCAUAGCCAUCCUCAACACCAAGCGUCCUCCUCCCAUCGCUGUGCGUUUCUUCUUCGACUUCCUGGAUGACAUGGCGGAGAAACACGGCAUCGACGACCCCGAGACUGUGCACAUCUGGAAGACCAACAGCCUGCCUCUGAGGUUCUGGGUGAACAUCUUGAAGAAUCCUCAGUUUGUGUUUGACGUUCAGGUGACGGAUAGCGUGGACGCCGUCCUCUCGGUCAUCGCUCAGACGUUCAUCGACUCCUGCACCACCUCCGAACACAAAGUCGGACGGGACUCUCCGGUGAACAAGCUGCUCUACGCCAGAGAGAUCCCCAGAUACAAGCAGCUGGUUGAGAGGUACUACAGUGACAUCCACAGUGCAGCGUCUGGCUGUUACCAAGAAAUGAACUCUACUCUAACAGAGUUGUCUGGGAGUUUUGCCUCAGAGAUGAACAGUCUGGUGGCUCUGCACGAGCUGUACAAGUACAUCAACAAGUACUAUGACCAGGUCAUCAUGUCUCUGGAGGAUGACGCAGCUGGACAGAAGUUGCAGCUGGCCUAUCGUCUACAGCAGGUCGCCGCCCUGGUGGGGAACAAGGUCACUGACCUUUAACCCUUGAUCUCUGACUCCUGACCUGUGGCCGACAGCAGGUCACUGACCUCUAACUAGGGCCGGAAUGUGAAAAGGGCCCUGUCAGUCAAAACCCACACAGCGCUAUGAAGCGGAGCGUCUGAUGUCAUGUAUAGCAUGUUACCGUACAGACACCGCGUUCCAAUUCAGGGCGUUUAUCAGAAUCCAAAUCUGCCAUUUGAACCCGUAUGCAGGAACGAGGAUUAUGGGUUAAAGCUAUACCAAAUAAUACAUCUUUACAACAGGCUCGUCUGUAAAACAGACCUUGGUCUCAGUAGGACUUCUUGAUCUAAUAAAGGCUAAAUCAAUAAAAACAGGCAGCAGACAAAGAAUUCCUAGCAAUAAGUCUCACAGGGAUGUACUGGGGAAUAUAAAGGACAAGAAGGCUGGAAUAGUUUAAACCUGCAACACCAAGUCUGACCAGAAGAGGGGGCUGUGGUGGAGUUGAGCAGAUUUGAGUCAUUUUAAAAACCAGCUGUGUUGAGCAGGUUGUUACACACUAUAGAAACUCAUUUAUUCUCUGUAAAUAGUGCCUAUUUAUAUUCCAUCCCCAAUCCCAUACCAACCAAAGCUGCCUUUUUUCAACUUUUGAAACGACUUAAAAGCGUAUAAUAUUUUUGAACCUGUUUUGAAUUUGUAAAGAUAACAGGGAAAAGCUGGAGAUUCUCUUCUGAUGAUCUGAGGUGAUUGUCUUAUCUCACGUCUGACUGACAGAACCUGUUACAGAUGGUGACCCCUGACCUAUCCAGUUACACGUGGUGACCCCUGGCCUAUCCAGUUACACGUGGUGACCCCUGGCCUAUCCAGUUACACGUGGUGACCCCUGACCUAUCCUGUUACACGUGGUGACCCCUGGCCUAUACUGUUACACAUGGUGACCCCUGACCUAUCCAGUUACACGUGGUGACCCCUGACCUAUCCAGUUACACGUGGUGACCCCUGACCUAUCCUGUUACACGUGGUGACCCCUGACCUAUCCUGUUACACGUGGUGACCCUGACCUAUCCAGUUACACGUGGUGACCCCUGACCUAUCCUGUUACAUGUGGUGACCCCUGAUCUAUCCUGUUACACGUGGUGACCCCUGACCUAUCCUGUUACCUGUUCGGUGUGCUCUGACUCCACAGACUCAGUAUCGCUAUAUUUACCUAACACUCUCUCGUUACUAGUGUAACCCUGAACUGUGGUUCCUCUCUUUGGCUCUGUCUGAAAUAGCACUCUCUUUAUUUAACAAGGCAAGUCAGUUAAUUAAGACAUUCUUCUUUACAACCCCGGCCAAACCAGAACGACGCUGGGACAAUUGUGCGCUGCCCUACGGGAUACAGCCUGGAUUCGCACCAGGGACUGUAGUGACGCCUCUUGCACUGAGAUGUAGUGCACUAUUUUAGUCCAGAGCCCUAUGGAACCCUAUUCCCUAUAUAGUUCACUACUUUAGACACCAGAGCCCUAUGGAACCCUCUUUCCUAUGGACCCUGGUCUAUAGUAGUGCCCUCUAUAGGGUGCCAUUUUAGGUUGCACACUUUGACCCAUCUCCUGGUUAGUGGACAUACAGAUCUGUUAUGUAUUAUUCUGUCUUGGGUUAGAGGUUAUUUAUGUAUUAUUCUGUCUUGGUUUAUAGAUCCUUUAUGUAUUAAUCUGUCUUGGUUAGAGAUUCUUUAUGUAUUAAUCUGUCUUGGUUAGAGAUUCGUAAUGUAUUAAUCUGUCUUGGUUAGAGAUCCUUUAUGUAUUAAUCUGUCUUGGGUUAUAGAUCCUUUAUGUAUUAAUCUGUCUUGGUUAGAGAGCCAAUAUAUGCAUCUUGGGUUAGAGAUUCAUAAUGUAUUAAUCUGUCUUGGGUUAGAGAUUCUUUAUGUAUUAAUCUGUCUUGGGUUAGAGAUUCUUUAUGUAUUAAUCUGUCUUGGGUUAGAGAUUCUUUAUGUAUUAAUCUGUCUUGGGUUAGAGAUUCUUUAUGUAUUAGUCUAUGUAUUAAUCUGUCUUGGGUUAGAGAUUCUUUAUGUAUUAAUCUAUGUAUUAAUCUGUCUUGGGUUAGAGAUUAUUUGUAUUAAUCUGUCUUGGGUUAGAGAUUAUUUGUAUUAAUCUGUCUUGGGUUAGAGAUUCUUUAUGUAUUAAUCUGUCUUGGGUUAGAUUCUUUAUGUAUUAAUCUGUCUUGGGUUAGAGAUUCUUUAUGUAUUAAUCUGUCUUGGGUUAGAGAUUCUUUGUAUUAAUCUGUCUUGGGUUAGAGAUUCUUUAUGUAUUAAUCUGUCUUGUUUAGAGAUUCUUUAUGUAUUAAUCUGUCUUGGGUUAGAGAUUCUUUAUGUAUUAAUCUGUCUUGGUUAGAGACUGUCUUGGAUUAGAUUCUUUAUGUAUUCAUCGGUCUUGGGUUAGAGAUCCUUUAUGUAUUAUUCUGUCUUGGGUUAGAUUCUUUAUGUAUUAAUCUGUCUUGGGUUAGAGAUCCUUUAUGUAUUAAUCUGUCUUGGGUUAGAGAUUCUUUAUGUAUUAAUCUGUCUUGGGUUAGAGAUUCUUUAUGUAUUAGUCUAUGUAUUAAUCUGUCUUGGGUUAGAGAUUAUUUGUAUUAAUCUGUCUUGGGUUAGAGAUUCUUUGUAUUAAUCUGUCUUGGGUUAGAGAUUCUUUAUGUAUUAAUCUGUCUUGGUUAGAGAUUCUUUAUGUAUUAGUCUAUGUAUUAAUCUGUCUUGGGUUAGAGAUUCUUUAUGUAUUAAUCUGUCUUGUUUAGAGAUUCUUUAUGUAUUAAUCUGUCUUGGGUUAGAGAUUCUUUAUGUAUUAAUCUGUCUUGGUUAGAGACUGUCUUGGAUUAGAUUCUUUAUGUAUUAAUCUGUCUUGGGUUAGAGAUUCUUUAUGUAUUAAUCUGUCUUGGGUUAGAGAUUCUUUAUGUAUUAGUCUAUGUAUUAAUCUGUCUUGGUUAGAGAUUCUUUAUGUAUUAAUCUGUCAUGGUUAGAGAUUCUUUAUGUAUUAAUCUGUCUUGGGUUAGAGAUCCUUUAUGUAUUAUUCUGUCUUGGGUUAGAGAUUCUUUGUAUUAAUCUGUCUUGGGUUAGAGAUUCUUUAUGUAUUAAUCUGUCUUGGGUUAGAGAUUCUUUAUGUAUUAAUCUGUCUUGGUUAGAGAUUCUUUAUGUAUUAGUCUAUGUAUUAAUCUGUCUUGGGUUAGAGAUCCUUUAUGUAUUAAUCUGUCUUGGGUUAGAGAUUCUUUAUGUAUUAAUCUGUCUUGGGUUAGAGAUUCUUUAUGUAUUAAUCUGUCUUGGGUUAGAGAUUCUUUAUGUAUUAAUCUGUCUUGGGUUAGAGAUUCUUUGUAUUAAUCUGUCUUGGGUUAGAGAUUCUUUAUGUAUUAGUCUAUGUAUUAAUCUGUCUUGGGUUAGAGAUUCUUUAUGUAUUAAUCUGUCUUGGGUUAGAGAUCCUUUAUGUAUUAGUCUAUGUAUUAAUCUGUCUUGGGUUAGAGAUCCUUUAUGUAUUAAUCUGUCUUGGGUUAGAGAUUCUUUGUAUUAAUCUGUCUUGGAUUAGAUUCUUUAUGUAUUAAUCUGUCUUGGGUUAGAGAUUAUUUAUGUAUUAAUCUGUCUUGGGUUAGAGAUCCUUUAUGUAUUAAUCUGUCUUGGGUUAGAGAUCCUUUAUGUAUUAAUCUGUCUUGGGUUAGAGAUCCUUUAUGUAUUAAUCUGUCUUGGGUUAGAGAUCCUUUAUGUAUUAUUCUGUCUUGGAUUAGAUCCUUUAUGUAUUAAUCUGUCUUGGGUUAGAGAUCCUUUAUGUAUUAAUCUGUCUUGGGUUAGAGAUCCUUUAUGUAUUAAUCUGUCUUGGGUUUGUACAGUUAUAUUGCUGAAUGGUGAUCUUAAUAACUUUUCCCUCCUAACACUUUGUUCUGUGUGUCUGGAGCUCCUGGUCAUGAAUAUGUAUGGCUGAUUUAUUAACAGUGGGCAGCCUCCCAAAUCACACCCUAUGCCCUUUACAGUGAACUGCGUUUAACCAGACUAGUGCACUAUAUAGGGAACAGGGUGCCGUUUUAGGGACGCUGCCGGUGUGAUUUUAAAGGAUGUUUUUUGACUGGGCUGUGUUCUACACUGUUUUGAUUGGAGCGGUUUAAAGGUUUAAGUCAAUUCCUUCCUAGUCAUUUCUAGAAACCUGUUUGCGUUCCAGGCCGACUACGUUACAGAUGCAUUGCAUCCACCCAUUGUUCUGCACCACGUCAUUGAGUGACACAAUCGGGCAUCAGAUUGCUAUAUAAUAGGAUGUGGUUAGGUGUUUAACAUAACAGCUAUCUAGGCAGGCAUCUGCAGUGUAGUCAUCCUGGAACGUGUCCGUUGUGUUACUUCCUGUUACUAGUGAGUGUUAUGUUGCAUGUUCUUUUCUGAACCGGUGUCUGGCUCGUAGGACUGUAGUUUUAACUGAACCGGUGUCUGGCUCGUAGGACUGUAGUUUUAACUGAACCGGUGUCUGGCUCGUAGGACUGUAGUUUUAACUGAACCGGUGUCUGGCUCGUAGGACUGUAGUUUUAACUGAACCGGUGUCUGGCUCGUAGGACUGUAGUUUUAACUGAACCGGGGUCUGGCUCGUAGGACUGUAGUUUUAACUGAACCGGUGUCUGUAGUUUAGUGAUUCUCUGCAUGCAUGUGUUUUAUUAAUCGUCUACAAUCAGAGCAGCAACGUGCUAAGGGAACCCUAUCUCCUACAUAGUGCACCACUUUAGACCAGGGCCCUCUGGGCUUCCUCACCUGGGCUUCCCCACCUGGGCUUCCCUACCUGGGCUUCCUCACCUGGGCUUCCCCACCUGGGCUUCCUCACCUGGGCUUCCCUACCUGGGCUUCCUCACCUGGGCUUCCCUACCUGGGCUUCCUCACCUGGGCUUCCUCACCUGGGCUUCCCCACCUGGGCUUCCUCACCUGGGCUUCCUCACCUGGGCUUCCCCACCUGGGCUUCCCCAUCCGGGCUUCCCCAUCCGGGCUUCCCCAUCCGGGCUUCCUCACCUGGGCUUCCCCACCUGGGCUUCCCCAUCCGGGCUUCCUCACCUGGGCUUCCUCACCUGGGCUUCCCCACCUGGGCUUCCCCACCUGGGCCUCCCCACCUGGGCUUCCCCACCUGGGCUUCCCCACCUGGGCCUCCCCACCUGGGCUUCCCCACCGGGCUUCCCCACCUGGGCUUCCCAAUUUUCCCUGGUCUAAAUUAGUGCAGUAUGAAGGGAAUAGGGAAUGUGAUGUUAACUUUUGUGUUUUUCUACUGGCUGUACAAUUUUAUAUUCUUUCCCAUUCUGGACCUAUUUUAAUGAAGAGGUCUCUAUCAGAGAAACUGUUGUAUCCCCUAUGCCAUCCUGUUCCCUAUAUAGUACACUACUUUUGGCCCAGUCAGGCUAGGGACAAUAAUCCAACUCAAAUGUGACACUAAACAGUGGUUUGUAAUGACAUUGGGGAGUUGAGAGAGAGCUGGAGAUCAGCCACAUGUCUGUCACUCUGGCGUGUGUCUAGUGUGACACCAGAUGUGCCUGUAAAUACAUUGUGAAGAGAUUUGUUUUUAUGGGGAAUAAUAAAGUUUUUAAUUGUAACAGGA